GAAAGUUUGUUUUGAUUUCGUUUUUGCACAAAAACGUAUUUAAUUUUAUUAAUAAUAAAAAUUAUUAGAUGGCUGCAAAUGAAAUAAAACAGUCAUUAAGAAAGUUGGAAUUUCCGUUUUGUGCUAGGGAAGCGCUAUGUCGAAUAGAAAUGUUAUGCGGAAGAUCCGGGAAGCAAAUGGAUUUACAAAUGGAUUUGAUGUCAGAAUUUGUUUUCGGAGAAAUAGAGAGACGGAAAAAUCGUAAUGUCCCGGUUGCUAUUCAGGAAUUACAGUUAAUUGAAAUUCUCAGUGAUUUUUUUGAAAGUCCUGGCGGAAGCGUUGCUGUGAGAAAUGCAGUAUUCUUAUCGCUCUAUCCAGCCGAGACACAGAGGCAUAAGAUUUUAGGGAAUUUAGUCUCCUUAUCCAUAGCAACUCAGAAUAAGGCCGUUUUAAAUGCCGCUGGUAUUUGGAUGCAACAAUUAGGUUCAACGUCCUUACAAAGCGUUGGCCUAGCAAGGCAUAUAUUAAACGACUAUUUCGUUCUGAUUCCUAACUCAAUCGAUAGACUCAAGCAACUUCCAAAUCUUGUACCACAUUUCACAGCUAAUUUAUUAACGGCAAUUGGCGAGGUGUACAAAGAUAAAAAUCCUCCAAUAGAAUUAUUAAAACUAAUUGGUAAUUGGAUUAAUGAUAAUCCAAGUUUAUUAUUGACAUCCUUAAUGGAUAAUCCUGCCCUACCUACUGGAGGCAUACCCAUGACUCCAAUCACACCGAUAGCAGGACUUUUUAGGUGGUCUAUUUUAAGCCCGUUACGAGCGUCGACAGAGACCGCAGAUCAGGAAGAACAGCAAAAGUGUUACUCUAAAAUACAACAGUUGUUAAUGGACUCGGUUUUACGGCUAAAAAGUAGCGGGAGUAAUAAGCAUGCAAUUUCUGCCCAACACCUAGCAGCCAUGACCCGUGCCCUCACCGCAAUUUUACACAAUAAUAACGAAUUAGAUAAUUCGUCGAGGGAUCUUGCUAUGGAGAGACUUGCCCAAGCGGUCAGCGCAGCAAUGUCUGCUAAUUGUAUAUAUGGAAAUAAACAGGAACUACUCGCUCUUCUCCAACCAUUAUCUUAUCAACAUUUCUUGAUUGAAUGGACAUUACAGACAUACGCAUCAAAAGCUGCUUAAAAAUAAAUUUAUUUACAAUUGGUAAAUAUUACUGUACAAAAACAAAUUAUCAUUUAUAA